GACUCGGUGAUCUCCGGCGCUCUUCCACACAAGCGAUUAUACCGCACUCAUGCUUGUUCAUGCAUUAAAUCUGCUACUCAUUAUAGUGGGGCUCCGUCGUGCUGUUUAGUGCCUAACCGGCUGGCUUUCACAAUAUACAGAUCUGAGCUUAAACAGUGAAAUGGACAGAAUUCCCCGUCCAUCCACACCCUGACGCGAGACGCGCUCAGACCGGAGAGGAAGGCUCUUAUUCGGUCAGAUGGCGUGCCGCAGUCCGCCCACGCGUUUCUCGCGCCCACACAGGCAGCGAAAGGAGCGUCAUUAACUCACCGCUACUGCCAGCACAGCAGAGCAUAGCCGAGACAACACCAGAGUUUCAAGAACAUUUUAGUCCAGUCGCACAUCUGUAGAAUAAGGUCUAACAAGCACAGAAAACAAAAAUAAAUUAAGAGGCGUAAAGAUACAAGUCUUUUAAUAGAAGGAAAAGUUUGACUGAUUUUGAGUUGAGUUCCAGAAUCUGAUAGAGUCGGUCGUUUGGAGCUGGAUCCUGUCCUGGAUUCUGUCUUGAAACCUCUCGAGCCGAGCAUCAGGAUGUCACUACCACGGACGCUGGGCGAGCUGCAGCUCUACCGAGUUUUACAAAGGGCCAACCUGCUGAUGUACUAUGACACCUUCAUCCAGCAGGGAGGUGAUGAUGUCCAACAGCUGUGUGAGGCUGGCGAAGAGGAAUUUCUCGAGAUCAUGGCACUAGUUGGCAUGGCCACAAAACCCCUGCACGUGCGACGUCUGCAGAAAGCUCUGCGCGACUGGGCGGCAAACCCAGCGCUGUUCAACCAACCUCUGGCCACCAAUGUGGCCCCUUGUGGAAUCCCUCUCCUUAGGAUCGACAGCGCCAGCGCUGCUGGCUCAGGGGUUAUUGGUGGCAGAAAAUCUUUAAGCAACGGUCAGCCAGGCUCUCCGUGUGAAAGAGAGGAAGUAGGAUCUUGCCUUACACCGCUCAGGGAUAACAGUCCAAAGAGCCCCUGCUCACAGGCCUCUCCUGUACCUCCAGACCAUCUGUACAGAGAAAAACUGUCCCCCAUGGAUCCCCACUGGCUCAGUCCUGAAAUGUAUGGAGCCACUGAGUUAGAUGAAGAACAGCCCAUUACCCCUCUGCCUUUCGCUUGCCACUCGCGUCUUCUUGGUCCUCCUACGCCAACUUCUUCUUCAUCCUCCUCCACUAUGACCUCUCCGUGGCCCGGAGGUCAGCUGGACCCAGAAACCAUUAAAGCCGUGGAGGAAAGCGUUGAUAGGCUUCUAAGAACCAUGCCGCAAGCAGAUCAAACCGAGGUGAAGACGCUUUUGAGACUCAAUAAGAAAAUGGCCAAGACGGUGGGACACAUUUUCAACCUGGAACCUCAAGACAAGAGCAAAGAGGAAGAGAUUCGCAAAUAUAGCCUGAUCUACGGCCGCUUUGACUCCAAGAGGAGGGAAGGGAAACAGCUCACCCAUCAUGAGAUGCUCAUCAAUGAGGCUGCAGCUCAAUUCUGCAUUCGUGACAAUGCUCUGUUGUUGCGUAGAGUUGAACUGUUCUCUUUAGCACGACAAGUGGCGAGAGAAUGUGCCUACACAUCAACAUUUAAACAUAACAGGACAUACUCAGAUGAUUGUACUGCCUCUGUUGACUGUUCUGCUCAGAAGAGAAUCAAGCUUGAUAUCACAGAUUCUGACAGACUGUCUAAGGAUCCAGUAGCCAACAGUGACAACAGAUCUACAGCGGAUGACAACAGUCUCUCUGGAGAAAGUCUAGAUAGUUUAACACAAGAUAUCAGCCCUCAGUUGCACCCCUCCUCAUCCCCUCACCCCCUCACCGACACCACUGGCCUCAUCAACUGGAGUCGCCAGCUCAUGCAACAAACUCUCAUGGAUGAGGGCCUCAGAUUGGCUAGAAUGGUGUCACGUGACCACGCAAGCAAAGUCAGCCUAGGGUCAGAAAAGAGACAGAUUUCAGCUUUUCAGUUCACACGACGUGGACUGGAGUGGUGUGGAUUACUUGUGGAUUAUUGUGAUGUUUUUAUCAGCUGAUUGGACUCUCAUUCUGACGGCACCCAUUCACUGCACAGCAUCCAUUGAGAUGGAGGAGAAAGUGUCAGAGAGGAGAGCAUCGAGUAACAGAAGCACCAGUCCAGCAAACACCAAAGACGAUCCAUAACUGACAAUCUGCAAGUCUCCAUGUUGAACUCAGGUUGGAUAUCAUGUCUAAAUGCAGCCGUGGUGUUCGGUUCGCUAUGUUGAAUUGUCCUGUUCUAUAAAACUUUUAAAACUUGUAUGCACCUUAUCAUGUUCUGUUAGAACAUUUAAAGGCAGUUGGCGGAAAUUCUUGUGGCUUUGCAAAUGAAAUUUGAGGCACAUACAGCUUAGUGCAAGCAACAAGUGUUACAAAUACAUUCCAUAUUCUCUGUCAGGUUAUAAUGUCAGUAAAAAGCUUCAAUGGUGCUAAUUUUGUGUCCAGCAAAUUCUAGAAUGAAAUUGCAUUACCUAAACCUUAAUUUAUUAGAUGACAUGCUUCUCGUUCUAAGCGGAGCUGUGAGACAUUGGGAUUUAGUUUUUUCAUUCCAUUUUCUCAGUUUCUUGUUUUGAUGGGAGUUCUAACAAAAGUUUUGGAGGAACAUGUUUAUUUAAUCCAACCAAUCACAAUGCUAGAAUAAGCAAACUGCUCAAACACUUUAUUAUGUACAGCGAGCAAAACACGUUUACAAGUUUUGGAUUAUAUUAACAUGUGAAAUCCUGAAAUUGACUAUAUUAAGAACCCUUACACUAGUAACAUACUGAUGCAGUAAAUAUGAAUAUAUCAACUCUAAAUGCACAAAUGAGUUUUCAUAGGUUACAAAAUGUAAAUGAUUCAAAUGAAUCAUGGGGGAAAAAAUAAUAUUCUCACUGUUUAAAGGUUGAAUGGCUAAUGAGAACAGUAAGUAUGAAUUGUGCAUCACAGCGCUAAUGUUAGAAAUAGAUCUGUGGCCUCUUUAAUGACAGAUUAUUUAUUUUUUAAUUUCUCAAUAAAUUAUAUUGUAAUGUUUCUCAUGUUUAUUUCUCUAGAUUGUUACUUUUAUUUUGCUAACAGUGUAAAAAUAGAAACGUUGUGUAUUACAACAACAACUUUUAUUCAUCCACUGCUUUUGUUUAAGGUACUUAUAGUAUUGUACAUGAAAAUGUAUGGACAAUUUUGACGUUUCUGUCUCAUUUCUGACACACGGUUCCACCACCCACACUCACCCUAGUCUCAUCUCAACAAACCAAGACAGACGAUGCCUCUGAUUCACUUGCCCUACUCUGCCAUCAUCAUCAUCAUCAUCGUCAAUCUCACAGAUGGGGAAGUGUUUCGGAAAAAGUAAAAAAAGAAAAACUGUCUGAAAAAAAAAAAAAAAAAUUGAGUUAUUGUUUCAGUUGCCUGUUUGGUGCCACUGGUGGCAAAUUCACUCAAUCAAUCAAUUAAUCUCUAAACAAUAAAUUGAUUUCAUUUGAGUAAUAUGCUUGUGAAGGCCUAUAAUUAAAGGGAUAACCAAAAAUGAACCAAAGAUCAUGUCAUUCAAAGACUGUGGGACUCUAUAUUUCUUUAUUCUGUGAAACACAAAAGAGGAUAGAUACUAUGCAGCAUUUUUGUCCAUAUGAAAUGAAAGUCAAAGGAGUUAUUUCGGACCAUUGUGACAAAAAAUUCAAGUGUUUUGCAAAAAGGAAGAGGAAAUCAUACAGGUUUGAACGACAGAUUUUCGAGUGAACUAUCCCUUUAGGCUAGCUUUUUCAAGAAACUGAAACAGGUACACUGUAAGUGUUGUGUAAGAGCAUGUCCUUGUGUACUGGAGUUCCUUGAAGGUUGCCUUUUUCAAGGCAACAAACCAGCUUUUUGUGAACACUAAAAAAUAACAUUGCAAAAAUGCGUAAUCCGCCGUUGCCUUGCUGUCAAGUCAAGUCAAGUCACCUUUAUUUAUAUAGCGCUUUUAACAAUACAGAUUGUGUCAAUGCACUUAACAGUAUCAAAUUAGAGGAUAGAGUGUCAGUAAUGUAUAAUGAUAAGAUUAAACACUCAAUUUUCAAUUUUCAGUUAAAGGCAUUUCAUUAUUGAAUUCAGAGAUGUCAUUGUCUAGCUCAGUUUAGUUUAAAUAUUAUCUGUGCAAUCAAAUCGGCGAUAAUCACUAGAAAUUAAGUGUCCCCAACCGAGCAAGCCAGAGGCGACAGCGGCAAGGAACCAAAACUCCCUCUGUGACAGAAUGGAGAAAAAAAAAAAACCUUGGGAGAAACCUAGAUUAAUCUAGAUUUAAACUGACAGAGUGUGUCUGCCUCCCGAACAGUGUUAGGUAGAUUGUUCCAGAGUUUGGGUGCAAAAUAGGAAUAGGAUCUGCCGCCCGCAGUCAAUUUUGAUAUUCUAGGUAUUAUCAAAUUGCCAGAGUUUUGAGAACGCAUUGGACGUGGAGGACUAUAAUGUGAUAAGAGCUCGCUCAAGUACUGAGGAGCUAAACCAUUCAGGGCUUUAUAAGUAAUUAACAAGAUUUUAAAAUCUAUCCGAUGUUUGAUAGGGAGCCAGUGCAGUGUUGACAGAACCGGGCUAAUAUGGUCAUAUUUCCUGGUUCUAGUAAGGACUCUAGCUGCUGCAUUUUGGACUAACUGUAGUUUGUUGAUCAAGCGUGCAGAACAACCCCCCAAUAAAGCAUUACAAUAGUCUAACCUUGAGGUCAUAAACGCAUGAAUUAACAUUUCUGCAUUUGACGUUGAGAGCAUUGGUCACAAUUUAGAUAUACUUUUGAGAUGAAAAAAUGCAGUUUUACAGAUGCUAGAAACAUGGCUUUCAAAUGAAAGAUUGCUAUCAAACAGCACACCUAGGUUCCUGACUGAUGAAGAAGAAUUGACAGAGCAGCCGUCAAGUGUUAGAUAAUGUUCUAAGUUAUUACAUGUGUUGUUUUUAGGUCCAAUAAUUAACACCUCUGUUUUUUCAGAAUUUAGCAGUAAAAAAUUACUCGUCAUCCAGUUUUUUAUAUCGACUAUGCAUUCCGUUAGUUUCUCAAUUUGGUGUGUUUCACCAGGCCACGAAGAAAUAUAGAGCUGAGUAUCAUCAGCAUAACAGUGAAAGCUAACACCAUGUCUCCAGAUAAUAUCUCCCAAGGGUAACAUGUAAAGCGUGAAAAGUAACGGCCCUAGUACUGAGCCUUGAGGUACUCCAUACUGCACUUGUGAUCGAUAUGAUACCUCUUCAUUCACUGCUACGAACUGAUGGCGGUCAGAUAAGUACGAUUUGAACCAUGCUAAGGAGCUUCCACUAAUGCCAACAAAGUUUUUUAGUCUAUUCAAAAGAAUGUUGUGGUCGAUAGUGUCGAACGCAGUGCUAAGAUCCAGUAGAACUAAUAAAGAGAUACAACCACGAUCAGAUGAUAGAAGCAGGUCAUUUGUAACUCUAAUGAGAGCAGUCUCAGUACUAUGAUACGAUCUAAAUCCUGACUGGAAUUCCUCACAGAUAUCAUUAUUCUCUAGGAAGGAAUAUAAUUGUGAGGAUACUACCUUUUCUAGUAUCUUUGACAGAAAAGGGAGAUUUCAGAUCGGUCUGUAAUUAACUAGAUCUUUGGGGUUAAGUUGUGGUUUUUUAAUGAGAGGCUUAAUAACAGCCAAUUUGAAGGUUUUGGGGACAUAUCCUAAUGACAAUGAUGAAUUAAUAAUAGCCAAAAGAGGAUCUAUGACUUCUGGAAGCAGCUCUUUUAGUAGUUUAGAUGGAAUCGGGUCUAACAUACAUGUUGUUGGUUUAGAUGAUUUAACAAGUUUAUACAAUUCUUCCUCUCCCACAGUAGAGAAUGAAUGGAAUUGUUCCUCAGGGGAUCUAUAGUGCGCUAUCUGAUGCGAUACUGUAGCUGACGGCUGCAAGGAUACAAUUUUAUCUCUGAUAGUAUCGAUCUUGGAAGUGAAGUAGUUCAUAAAGUCAGUACUGCUAUGCUCUUGGGAAAUGCCAACACCUGUUGAUGCUUGAUUUUUCGUUAAUUUAGUUACUGUAUUGAAUAAAUACCGAGGGUUAUAUUUGUUUUCUUCUAGAAGAGACGAAAAGUAAUCAGAUCUAGCAGUUUUUAAUGCUUUUCUGUAGGAUAGGGUACUUUCCCGCCAAGCUAAACGAAAUAUCUCUAAUUUAGUUUUCCUCCAGCUGCGCUCCAUUUUCCGGGCUGCUCUCUUUAGGGCGCGAGUGUGCUCAUUAUACCACGGUGUUGGACUCUUAUCCUUAAUCUUCCUUAAGCGUAAAGGAGCAACCGCAUCUAAAGUGCUAGAAAAGAGAGAGUCCAUAGUUUCAGUUACAUCAUCAAGUUGUUCUGAGCUAUUGGAUAUGCUGAGGAACUGAGAUAAGUCAGGAAGAUUAUUUAUAAAGCAGUCUUUUGUGGUAGAGGUAAUGGUUCUACCAUAUUUGUAACAAGGAUUUGGCUUUACAGCUUUAGCUAUAUGGAAUAUACAGGAGACUAGAUAAUGAUCUGAGAUAUCAUCGCUCUGCUGCAAAAUUUCAACGCCACUGAUAUCAAUUCCAUGUGACAGUAUUAAAUCUAGAGUAUGAUUUCGACAAUGAGUAGGUCCUGACACGUGUUGUUUAACACCAAUAGAGUUUAGAAUGCCUAUAAAUGCUGAUCCCAACGAAUCUCUUUCAUUAUCAACAUGGAUAUUAAAAUCACCAACGAUUAGGACUUUAUCUGCAGCCAGCACUAACUCCGAUAGAAGAUCAGAAAAUUCUUUAAUAAAAUCUGUAUGGUGCCCUGUAUACAGUAGCCAGUACAAACAUCACAGGGUAUUUAUCAUUAACACUUGUUUCUUUGGAUAACGUUAUAUGAAGCACCAUUACUUCGAACGAAUUAUACUUGAAACCCAACCUCUGAGAGAUACUGAAAAUAUUGCUAUAAAUUGUAGCAACACCUCCCCCUUUAUCUUUUGGAUGCGGUUCAUAUUUGUAAAAGUAAUCUUGGGGUGUAGACUCGUUUAAAGUAAUGUAAUCAUCUUGUUUUAACCAGGUUUCUGUCAGGCAAAGCACAUCUAGUUUAUGGUCAGUGAACAUAUCAUUUACAAAAAGUGCUUUCGAAGAAAGGGUUCUAAUAUUCAGUAAGCCAAGCUUUAUCAUGUGUUUAUCUGUAUUAUAUUGGUUUUUUAUUUGUUGAACAUCAAUUAAAUUGUUACUAUUACUUUGGUUUGGAUGUUUUCUGUAUUUUCUAGUUCGGGGAACAGACACAGUCUCUAUAGAGUGAUAUCUAGGUGAAAAAGUUUCUAUGUGCUGAGAGUUAACUGACUUCUGUGACGUGAGGCGGCUAGCAGACGGUCGGUUUAGCCAGUCUGUCUGCUUCCUGACCUGGGCUCCAGUUAGUCAAGUACAAACUCUAAGACUAUGUGCCAUAUUUCUAGAGAGAAGAGCGGCACCACCCCAGGAGGAAUGAACACCAUCUCUUUUCAACAGGUCAGGUCUGCCCCAAAAAUUCUUCCAAUUGUCUAUAAAGCCUAUGUGCGUCACCGAGUGGGGAGAACCGGUUUGAUGUUUUCAUCAGAACGGAAGAGUGGUGUUUUGACCCGCGACUAGGCUGCCUCACAGUCACCCAGUUGCUCUGCUGCAGGGGCUCAACCGAAACCAAACAAUGUACAGGACUCCCUGAGCUAGUCGCAUCCAAAGCAGUAUCUACAGCCCUCACAUUCUUACUAUCCUCAACUAAAGUUUGGAUGCGUGUCUCUAGUUCUAAAACCUUCUCUGUCAGCCUAACUAUUUCCCUGCAUUUAUCACAUGUGAAUCCCUCGCUGCUGACAGAGAGAGAUAAACUAUACAUGUGGCAAACAGUGCAACCAACAAUAGCAGGAGAAGAAGUCAUUACUCACCGUGAUUGAUGAAUGAUACCAACUUAACUUGCCACUUACCACUGUUGUUUGAUGA